AAAUAUCUGUCAGAACUCGCAAGAAAAUUACGUUCGACCCUCUAGUUUGUGAAACUGUCUAAUUUUACCUCACCAGAUUCUUUAAAAUCUUCUGAAUAGUCUAGAAUUAUUUUAUAAAUUUAUAAUUUGUAGUUAAAAUAAUACUUUGCAUAUAAUUUGUGAAAUUUUACUUGGAAAAUAACUGUUUUAGCUAAUUUGGGAUUGAGUAAUAUCAAUUGGGCAUUGGUAAUAUCUUCAACAUGACGCCCAACAUUCAAACAUUCAUAAACAGCUUUCAAAAUAGACUUGAACAGCCAGUACGCCAGCAUCUGAAAAAUGUCUAUGGCACAUUAACAAUGACAUGUGGUGCAGCCACUGCUGGAGUGUUUGUUGACACAUACACCAGAUUCCAAGCAGGAUUCCUUUCAGCAAUUAUUGGUGCUGGCCUUAUGCUAAUGUUGAUUGCCACUCCAGACAAUGGCAAAAACACAACUUUACGUCUUGGAUAUCUGCUUGGGUUCGGAUUAACAUCAGGAAUGAGCUUGGGUCCACUAUUAGAGUAUGUCAGCGUUGUUGACCCCUCCAUAAUUGUAACAGCACUUCUGGGUACCACUGUUGUCUUUGUGUGCUUCUCUGUAGCAGCCAUGUUAGCUGAACGUGGCAGCUGGUUGUUCCUCGGUGGCCCAUUGAUGACUUUGUUUACAUCCAUGUCUCUAAUAACAUUAGUCAACAUCUUCACACAGUCACAUUUCCUGUACCAAGCUCACCUUUACCUUGGCCUCGUCCUUAUGUGCGGCUUUGUACUAUUUGACACUCAACUAAUAAUCGAGAAACGCCGCAUGGGAAAUAAGGACUUUGUACAACAUGCUUUGGAGCUGUUUAUUGACUUCAUUGGUGUAUUCAGAAGACUGCUUAUUAUUUUAACACAAAAGGAAGAACAAAAUCGUCGUCGUAAACGUGACUAAAUGAUGUCAUUUAAAACCUUUCAAGCACCAUCAAAUUCAUUUAUUUUAAAUAAAUAUAUAUACUAUAAUAUUAUGUAACAUAUUGUGUGUUAGGGGAUUUCUAAAUUCUUUAGUGAAAUAAAUUUAUUGGAAAUGAUUGGAAUA